UAUCACCAUGAGAAAAACCCUUCACACCAUUGCUGCAAUCGUCAAACAAAGCAAUGGAAAAUCCAAGCUUCCUGCUUUCCUCUCUGCAGAUUUCUCAAAGCCCUACCCGAUUUUACAUUCCACUUUGGUCCCAAAAUGCGAAUUUACUACCACAAGACUCCCUCCUCCUGAGUGGGUGCAUCCUUUCACAGAUCUCUCUGAAGUUAUCACCGACCACAAAAAUCUCCAGCCUUCUCCAUGGGUGUCCCAAAUUUUGAGUCUUUUAGACAAUUCGCCUCAAAUGGAGGAAAACUUGACUGCUUAUUGCAAAGAAUAUCUUAUCAAGUUAUCGCCCAAUUUUGUUGCAUUCGUGUUGAACUCAGACCGGCUUUCUGAAAAUUCUGUUACCGCUUAUCGGUUCUUUGCUUGGGCAGGCAGGCAAAGAGGGUAUGCCCAUAAUCUUGAUGGCUACGUGUCUUUGAUAGCGAUUUUAUCUGCUUGUAAUGAUGUAAGUAAAGUUAGGGAUGUUUUUAGGGACUUCAAAGAUUGUAAUUUUACGAUGAACUUGUUGGCGGCUAAUUCUUUGGUUAGGAGUCUUGGAAGUGUGGGUAUGGUUGAGGAGUUGUUGUGUGUGUGGAGAGGUAUGAAAGAGAGUGGGAUUGAACCUACAUUGUAUACUUAUAAUUUUCUGAUGAAUGGUUUAGUUAAUGCUAUGUUUAUUGAAUCUGCUGAGCAAGUGUUCGAAGUCAUGGAAAGUGGGAAAAUUCAACCAGAUAUUGUUACGUAUAAUACAAUGAUCAAAGGAUAUUGCAAGACUGGGAAGGCACAUAAAGCGAUGCAGAAGUUAAGAGACAUGGAGGCUAGAAAUGUGGUACCUGAUAAGAUUACUUAUACGACCCUCAUCCAGGCAUGCUAUACAGAAGCUGAUUUCACCUCCUGUCUAGCGCUUUAUCAUGAAAUGGUUGAAAAAGAGUUGGAUAUUCCAUCACAUGCUUAUAGUUUAGUUAUAAGAGGGCUUUGUAGAGAUGGAAAGCCUUUGCAAGCAAAUGUCAUUUUGGAAAGCAUGGUUAGGAAAGGUUGCAGACCUAAUGCUGUGAUCUAUACAGCCUUGAUUGAUGCGUACAUGAAUUAUUCAAACUUAGACGCAGCAAUGAGGCUCUUUGACAGAAUGAAGGACGAAGGAGUUGAACCCGAUGAAUUAACAUAUGGUGUUAUUGUAAAGGGUUUGUCUAAAUGUGGUAGAUUGGAAGAGGCCUUACAGUGGCUUGAGUACUGUCAAAAUAAUAAUAAAUCUAUCAAUGCCAUGCUCUAUUCAAGUGUAAUUGAUGGUCUUGGGAAAGCAGGGAGAGUGGAUGAGGCUAAAAGGCUCUUUGUGGAGAUGGCUGAAAAGGGAUGUCCUCGUGAUUCUUACUGCUAUAAUGCACUGAUAGAUGCCUUAGCUAAAAGUGGAAAAAUUGAUGAAUCUUUAAUGCUUUUCAACAGAAUGGAACAAGAAGGCUGCAAUCAAACUGUGUAUACAUACACAAUGCUUAUUAGCGGGCUGUUUAAAGUCCACCGGAACGAAGAUGCAUUGAAACUGUGGAAUAUGAUGAUUGACAAGGGCAUCACUCCAACAGCUGCUUCAUUUAGAGCUCUUUCCACUGGGCUUUGUCUUUCAGGCAAGGUUGCAAGGGCUUGUAAGAUUUUGGAUCAACUGGCACCGAUGGGUAUUGUUUUAGAUACUGCAUUUGAACACAUGAUCAAUGUUUUGUGCAAAGCAGGCCGUAUUGUAGAGGCUUGCAAGUUAGCUGAUGGAAUCGUUGACCGUGGGCGGGAAAUUCCAGGCAGAGUUCGUACGGUUUUGCUAACUGCCUUAAGGAAAGCAGGGAAUGCAGAAUUAGCAAUAAAACUGAUGCAUAGUAAAAUUGGCAUUGGAUAUGAUAGGGUGGGUAGCAUUAAAAAACGUGUGAAGUUUCGCAUUUUGGUAGACAAGUGAGUUUUUUUGGGGUUUGGUAUUGCAUCUACGCGGAUAAGAUCUUUUGUAAUCCAUGCUUUUCAUGGAACAACAUUGUUCAUCUGACAAUGUUGCAGAUGUAGAGGAAGCUGACAGUGAGCUGAGCAUAGAUAGAUGUAAUGGAAGGUUUAAAACGACUUCCCAACUCAAAAGCUUGUGAAUUCAUAGGUAUGUGCCUGUUUUUUGUCCUCAGAUUAUUACAUUGAUAUACGAUAAUCUACAAGUUCUUGAUAUUAACAAAUGUCUUACGCCCUA